ACUGAAGUUUGUAGCAUAAUGUUUGCAUCUUUAUAUCUCUUUUGAAAUCAUCUACCUGUCAUGAAAUGGUUGGUUUAUAAAUCCACUCCACUUCAUAUCGAAGAAAACAAUGUCACUUCACUUAGCCUUCUUGGCAGUUGAUAGCCAUUCAUAUUUGGAUUUUAUAUUCCUGGAACCAUUUAUCAUUACCUUGGCGUCAUGCCCGCCGGCUCUUCUAAAGUGGUAAAGUGCGCGGACUGUCAUCAUUUUUUACCUAGCUAAAAAUAAACGUGACGUUCAGAAGCUCUAAUAUUCGACGUUUUUGAAAAGCACGUGAAGGCAACGUUUUCCCAAGUCGACUUGGUCACGUGUCAGGUUAAUACGGAAGUAGGGUAGUGUUUUGCAAGUAGCUGCUUCGCUAGCACGACAAGCUUAACUUAUUUUGAUCAUCUAUUAUCUCCUGUAUCGUUAACAAUUAAACAAUAUAAAUGGUCAGGAUGACCCAGAAGCACUGCCUGGAGGGCCAGGUAUACUCAGUGCCUCUCAUCCAGCCCGAUUUAAGAAGAGAGGAGGCUGUACAUCAGAUAGCAGAUGCAUUAGUGUACUUGGAAUCUAUAUCUACAGACAUCUUCCGAAGGGUGUCUGAGAGUGUAGAGCAGAACCGCCGGCAGUUGCAAAGCGUCACUGACCGGAUCAGACUAGCUCAGGCCCGAGUGGACAAGAUAAAAGGCAGUAAGAAGGCCACCAAGGUUUUCUCAAGUGCUAAGUAUCCAGCCCCAGACCGACUUCAAGAUUACUCCUCUAUCUUCAGUGGGGCUACCGACCCCUCCUCACAAUCCCAUCCUCGUCACAGAAUACAGAACAAGCUACGACCGUUUGAUGAGAAGGCCUUGCAGGAGAAGUUAAUGUAUUUUCCAGUGUGUGUGAGUAAUAAGAAGAAGUCUGAGGACGAGACGGAGGAGGGGCUGGGUAGUCUACCUCGCAACAUCUCAUCUGUCAGCUCCCUGUUGCUCUUUAAUACCACAGAGAAUCUAUAUAAGAAGUAUGUGUUCCUUGAUCCUCUGGCGGGAGCAGUGACAAAAACACACACGACGCUGGAGACAGAAAAAGAGGAGAAACCGUUUGAUGCACCAUUGUCCAUAACUAAAAGAGAGCAACUGGAGAGACAGACAGCAGAGAGUUAUUUCUAUGUGCCAGACCUGGGCCAGGUGCCUGAGAUCGAUGUACCAUCUUACUUGCCUGACCUGCCCGGUAUUGCAGAUGACCUCUCAUACAGCGCAGACCUGGGACCAGGCUUUGCCCCAUCAGGACCCACACACAACAUCCCUGAGCUGCCAUCUUUCUCUGUGGAUGGCAACACAUCUGGUUCUCAGCUCCAACCUAAUGUUCCACCUCCUCCGCCACCUCCCCCUCCUCCUCCUGAGCCUUCUUCUACUCCUGUCAUUCCUCCUGGAGCUCCCCCUCCUCCACCUCCUCCACCCCCUCCCCCAGCUGAAAUCCCAGCAGAAGUCUCUCGAGCGCCAAGUUCAGGACCGGUGUCUGGUGCUCCCAGCGAGGUGGUUCAGCCAUCUGACGGCCGAGCUAGUCUCCUUGAGUCUAUUCGUAAUGCGGGAGGCAUCGGCAAAGCCAAGUUACGCAACGUUAAAGAACGAAAGAUGGAAAAGAAGAAACAGAAGGAGCAAGAGCAAGCAGUGGGAGCAGCAAUGAGCGGUGGAGACUUUAUGUCUGAUCUCUUCAAUAAGCUUGCCAUGCGCAGGAAAGGCAUAUCUGGAAAGGGUCCAGCAGGUGGAGAGUCGAGUGAUGCUCCUGGUGGUACUGGUGGUGCAUUUGCUAGGAUGUCAGAUGUUAUCCCACCCCUUCCUGCCCCUCAGUCAACAACAGACGAGGAUGACUGGGAAGCAUAACCCAGUAGACUGUCAGACAAUGAACACCUGAAGCACUGAAAACCUUUUUCUAGUCCAGUACAAAAAACCUAAAAAAUAUUCUAAUGAAGUCUUGCAGAAUUGAAGUGGAAAAUAAUUGUCUUCAUAGUACCCAUGGCAAUGUUUUCUAACCACGUUAUAAAAAGAAAAACAGAAGUGAUAUAACAAAUGUAUUGAUAUUCAUAUUUGUUGUGAAAUAUAUUUUCAUAAAUAUAGAGAGAAUAUAUCAAACUCACCCAGUGUCAUUCUCCAAGACAAUGAACUAUUACACUAACAUAUUUCUACUCAGUAAAAGUAAUUACAUAAUACUUUAAAUGGAAUGGCUUAAAUAAAUGUCUUCAAUGGUAAAUG